AUCUUGGCAGAUGCAAUGGGGCUUGGGAAAACUGUGAUGACUAUUGCUCUGAUUCUUGCAAGGCAAGGCAGAGAUACCCUGAGGAUCAAGAAUCGAUUACCAAAAGUGAGGUGGAAGUUAAUGGAUAGGCACAAGGAUAUACUGUCAUCUUCUCUGAAUAAGAAUUUACUGAAUGAACAGGAUAAACUUGAAACACACUCAAAGCCAGAUAGUAUCUCCAUUUCUGUCUUUAUUGGUGGAGAUCGGAGCAGUGACCCUAGAGUGAUUGCUGAACCUGACAUGAUCUUGACCACAUACGGUGUCUUAACGGCUGCUUGUACGAAUGAUGGGGAGAAUAGCAUUUUCUACAGAGUUGACUGGUACAGAGUGGUUUUGGAUGAAGCUCGUACCAUCAAGUCCUCUAAAACUCUAGGUGCCCAGGCUGCCUUCAAAUUGUCAUCCUAUUGCAGGUGGUGUCUUACUGGUACCCCUCUCCAGAACAAGUUGGAAGACCUUUAUAACCUACUUUGCUUCUUGCAUGUUGAACCAUGGUGUAACUAG